AUGGCGACCAAGACGCUGGAAGCUCGAUUCGAGCAUUUGUCCGUUAAGGACGAAAAGGAAACCGGAAACGAUCGCACAUAUGGAAAGCACAAGGGCUCCGUCUCGACCGCCGUCUCUCUGUCUGGUCUUGGUGGUUCCGCGUCCAAUUCCAACCGGGCACACUUGCUGAAGCUGGCUCUCCAAAAUACCAACGACAACAAGGUCAAUUCGAUGAAUGUUCCCCCCUCUCCUGGCAAGGGUGCGAUUGUGUCUCGGAAUACCGAUGAGAACGGUGAUCAGCGCAGCGCCACUCCACUCUACGAUCAGCCCAGGUCGCUGCACCUGGGCAUGUUUGAAAUCGGCAAGCCCCUCGGCAAGGGCAAGUUUGGCCGUGUCUACCUUGCCAAGGAACGAUCCUCGGGCUUCGUCUGCGCUCUCAAGGUGCUUCACAAGUCGGAGCUGCAGCAGGGUGGUGUCCAAAAGCAGGUCCGUCGUGAGAUUGAGAUCCAGAGCAACCUCCGUCACCCCAACGUCCUCAGACUGUAUGGUCACUUCCAUGACAGCAAGCGCAUCUUUUUGAUCCUUGAGUUCGCUGGUCGUGGAGAGUUGUACAAGCAUCUUCGCAAGGAGCACCGCUUCCCGGAAUGGAAGGCUGCGCAGUACAUCGCUCAGAUGGCAGCAGCUUUGAAGUAUCUCCACAAGAAGCAUGUCAUGCACCGUGACAUCAAGCCUGAGAAUAUCCUGGUCGGCAUCCACGGCGAGAUCAAGAUCAGUGACUUUGGCUGGAGUGUCCACGCUCCCAACAACCGGCGCCAGACGAUGUGUGGAACUCUCGACUACCUGCCCCCAGAGAUGUUGAAGCCCGGCUCGCAGGACAACUACUACAGCGAGAAGGUUGAUCUGUGGAGUCUUGGUGUUUUGACCUAUGAGUUCUUGGUUGGCGAGGCGCCCUUCGAGGAUACCCCGGUGAUGACCCAGCGACGAAUUGCCCGCGCAGACAUGUCUGUGCCGUCCUUCGUCAGCCCCGAGGCGAAGGAUCUGAUCAAGAGACUCCUCGUUCUCGACCCUGAGAAGCGCAUUCCCCUUGACGAGAUUCAGCGUCACCCUUGGAUUGUCAAGCACUGUGUGAAGGACCCAAAGCGAAGCUCAGGUUCUUCCAAGGAUGGGAAAGCAUGA